AUGGAGUACGCAUUGGGGUCACUCGGUACUCUAUGGCAAAUCUUUGCUCAUACAUUGAACGAUCCCGACCUAGGCCCUCUUUACUGCGUUCUUGAUGGGCUUGACGAGUGCCCCGAAGGCGAUAAGAAAUGGCUUGUCGGAAAGAUUCAGACUCUCUUUGAAAACCGCUCUGGAGCUUGUCAUCAGUCUCCCAAUAUCUCAAAGAUCGUCAUCCUCAGCGGUGGUAUUGAAGGCGUUCGAGGUUCUCAUUACCUGAACUUGGACCAAUGUUCAGGUAGCCUGCAGCGGGUUGUGCAACCUAAUCUCUUCUACGAACGGGACUAUCUUGAACAUAGACCCGACGACAUUGCGUUGGUCAUCAAAGCCAGGCUUGCAAAACAUCCGAAGGUUGAAGAGUUCGAUGAGAGUUUAUGGCGUGACUUGGGACUCGAAUUAUACAAACGCUCUGAGGGGCUCUUCUCAUGGACUGGUUACAUGCUUGACGAGCUCGCAUCGAAGAAAUCAAAGUCAGAGAUGCUAAAGGCGCUUGACAAAGCGCCAAGUGGUCUUGGUCCCGUUUACUCGCGCCUUCUCUCACAGAUAGGCGAUGAGUCCCGCCAAGAGAUAGCCAGGAUGGUCCGAUGGAUGGCUUUGACUCAAGAGCCUUUCACAGCGCGGCAGCUCAGCACGGCUCUCUAUCCUGACAAGAAACACCCCGAGGAAGUUGACGAGGCCUGUGAAAGGAUCCAGGAUCUAGUUACGCAGUAUUAUCCGCUGAUGAAAUUUACGAAGGAUGGCUGGGGCGGUUGCCCGACAAACGACGACAGCAACUACAUUGUCUUGUUUCAUCGGUCGAUGGGGGAUUAUCUCUUGAAGAUCGACAUCAACGACGCUGACGUUGAUCCUAAGAUCAAGGCCUUUCACAUCACACCAGAGAAAGCACACUACGAAAUUGCCAAGAGGUGCCUCGAUGAUCUCCACGCUUGGUAUGAGCGCACCAACGACAUUUACCACGGCUCCGAUUUCAAUUGGAAAGCCAGCACACCCAGCUUUACGGUGUGGCUCAGGUAUGCGAGAAGUCAUUGGCCAACACAUGCGAGGCUGUGUGGCGAGGAGUCUAUGAAGUUUAUCAAGCCGAGACAUGCUUUCUUCGAAGAUGGAUCAACUUCCCGUACUGUUUGGUGGCUCGGGUAUGACCCAAAGGGGGUUUUCGAGGACCACAAGAGGUGGGCAGCGAGGAGGAUAUCCUCCAUGUUUGGCGCUUUGCACAUUUGUUCAGCCUUGGGUUUGCUCCCCAUGAUUCGCAUGCUUUUGGAAGAAAGCCUCGACGUUGAAGACUACGUCAAUCUUCACCAAGCCGACUCGCAUACGGCUCUCGCCUAUGCUACCCAAUACGACCAGAGCGAGGCUGCUGAGUUGCUCGUUCGCAAUGGCGCUAGCCUCGUGAAUGAUGAGCAAGAGAGAAUUGCGUACCUCACGGUCGAAUGUCCGCUUGUCAAUGCAUUCAGAAAUGGCAAUGAACGGUUAGCCAGGCUUUUUCUCAAGUUAGCCCUUGCCAAGAUGAAAGAUUCCCCAGACGACAGACGUUUAGCGAGCUUCAACCUGAUCUGCGAGGCCCCAAACAAAAUGUUUGUGUUGCUGGUUUUGGACAACAUGAAGAGCGAAGACAUCAAUAUGGAAUUCGGGAACAUCUUGUCCGAGGCGCUCACCUGGCAUCCGCGCCGGGUUAAAAAGCUGAAGUGGCUCUGUCGUCGCGUCCUGAGCUCUUCCUGCAAAGUUUGGCGCAAAGACGAUAGCAAACAUGAGACUUUUCUCAACGUUAUCUACUUUGUUGCGCAGUAUCCUGACGUUGUAGAACGCCCCUACCGCAUUGUGCGGAGAUUCCUCCAUGACGGCGUCGAUGUCAACGAGGCCUGUACAACAUGCGGGUCGACAGCUUUGCACAUUGUUGCCGCGCAUGGCAGAGACCAUGAGUGUGCAGUAAAAUUGGCGGAGGAUUUGCUUGCUCGUGGUGCCCAACUCAAUGUGGUCACCAAGAGAUACAAGGACUGUAACAGGAUGCUCUGUCAUUUCCCGCAUCAUACUUGUGACGAGGCCCUGACUGCCCGUGACCUUACUGCAUCUGAAGAGCUUAUCAACUACCACAAGCUUAGCAAUGUUGCGAUGUAA